CUGAAGCAGCAGAAACGGGAGCAGUCGCGUUUCUACGGGGACCUGAUGGAGAAGAGGAGGACGUUGGAGGAGAAGGAGCAGGAGGAGGCCCGGCUGCGGAAGCUGCGGAAGAAGGAGGCCAAGCAGCGCUGGGACGACCGGCAUUGGUCGCAGAAGAAGCUGGAUGAAAUGACAGACAGAGACUGGCGCAUCUUCCGGGAGGAUUACAGCAUCACCACCAAGGGGGGCAAAAUCCCCAACCCCAUCCGCUCCUGGAAGGAUUCAUCCCUGCCGCCCCACAUCCUGGAGGUCAUCGAUAAGUGUGGCUACAAGGAACCCACCCCCAUCCAGCGGCAGGCCAUCCCCAUCGGCCUGCAGAACCGCGACAUCAUCGGCGUGGCUGAGACCGGCAGCGGGAAGACGGCGGCCUUCCUCAUCCCGCUGCUGGUGUGGAUCACAACCCUGCCCAAAAUCGACCGCAUCGAGGAGUCGGACCAGGGCCCCUACGCCAUCAUCCUGGCUCCCACCCGAGAGCUGGCCCAGCAGAUCGAGGAGGAGACCAUCAAGUUCGGGAAGCCUCUGGGCAUCCGCACGGUGGCCGUGAUCGGAGGAAUCUCCCGGGAGGACCAAGGCUUCCGCCUGCGGAUGGGCUGCGAGAUCGUCAUCGCCACCCCCGGGCGCCUCAUCGACGUGCUGGAGAACCGCUACCUGGUGCUGAGCCGCUGCACCUACGUGGUGCUGGACGAGGCGGAUCGCAUGAUCGACAUGGGCUUCGAGCCCGACGUGCAGAAGAUCCUGGAGCACAUGCCUGUCACCAACCAAAAACCCGACACCGACGAGGCCGAGGACCCCGAGAAGAUGUUGGCCAACUUUGAGUCGGGGAAGCACAAAUACAGACAGACGGUGAUGUUCACAGCCACCAUGCCGCCGGCCGUGGAGCGCCUGGCUCGCAGCUACCUGCGCCGCCCGGCCGUGGUUUACAUCGGCUCUGCUGGCAAACCGCACGAGAGGGUGGAGCAGAAGGUUUUCCUCAUGUCGGAGUCGGAGAAGAGGAAGAAGCUGUUGGCCAUUCUGGAGCAGGGCUUCGAUCCGCCCAUCAUCAUCUUCGUCAACCAGAAGAAGGGCUGCGAUGUUCUGGCCAAGUCACUGGAGAAGAUGGGGUACAACGCCUGCACCCUGCACGGCGGCAAAGGCCAGGAGCAGCGCGAGUUCGCCCUCUCCAACCUGAAGGCCGGCGCCAAAGACAUCCUGGUGGCCACCGACGUGGCCGGACGCGGCAUCGACAUCCACGACGUCUCCAUGGUGGUCAACUACGACAUGGCCAAAAACAUCGAGGAUUACAUCCACCGCAUCGGGAGGACGGGCAGAGCCGGGAAGAGCGGCGUUGCCAUCACCUUCCUGACCAAGGAGGAUUCCACCGUGUUCUACGACCUGAAGCAGGCCAUCCUCGAGAGCCCCGUCUCCUCCUGCCCCCCCGAGUUGGCCAACCACCCCGACGCCCAGCACAAACCGGGCACCAUCCUCACCAAGAAGCGCCGCGAGGAAACCAUCUUUGCGUGAGUGCCGGGGGUCGGGCUCUGCUUUCUGAGCCCCUUCUGGGCACAGCAGGAGCUCCGGGUGCCGCCGUCACUCCGCCUCCCUCCUCCCCGCGCCGCAGCCAGGACUGCCGCCACUGCACCGGGGCCGGGCCGCCCCCAAACAUCCCUCCGUGCCCUCAGCCCCCCUCCCCGCAUCCCCCCAGGACUCAUGGAGGCUCUUUGGGGCCGGGUUCCUCCUUGCCCCUCUCUGCUGGGCUCCGCUUGGGGUCCGGGUGCCGUUUGGUGGCUGGGGCCGCGUUCGCCUCGUUCCUUUUUUUACCCCGGGCUGCAAUAAAGCAGCAGCAGCAGCGUUGCUGGAUGCUGGUUCUCCACA